AUGAAAAACUUGCAGAAGCUUCAACAGUCUCUCAAGCCAAAGCCUGAAACCCAAAGUCUUCCCACCCAGCCAUCAUAUUGUGAUGUUUGCAAGGUACACUGCAACACUGAAAACGUCCUCAGUAAGCACAAAUUGGGCAGAAGACACGUGAAAAACUUGCAGAAGCUUCAAGAGUCUCUCAACCCAAAGCCUGAAACCGACAAUAACAACAACAACACAGUGAAUGAACCCGCAAAGCAAGACUCUGCAUCAAAAGUGGAGGAGGAUCUGGAGACAAAGAAGCAGAAGGUUUUGAGCGGAGGAGCUGCAGCUGAUGCAGUUAGAGAGUGCACUUACUGCAAUGUUGUUUGCAACAGUGAGGUGGUGUACUGUUUUCAUGUUUCAGGGAAGAAGCAUAUUGCUGCAAUGAAGAAACAUCAAGAGGCGCAGCAGCAGCAGCAGUAG